AUGUUGCAUUUAUAUUUUUAUUCAGUGUACAUUUAAAUUGUGUUUUAAUGCAAUUUUGUCCCACCCUGCUCCAUUUCAAAUUUGGCUCCCAGUGUAUCUUUACUUCCGGGCUAUUUUGAUGCAACUUGCAAUUCCUUCUCUGUAUGCUCCUAGGUCACAGUUAGUGAUGCAAUGGUAAAACAAUGGGUGGAUUAACGCUGAUUGUGCUGCAUUUACCCUCCACUAAACCACUGGUCAUAGUGCUUACAAAUAUGGCCAUUGGCCAAGGUUUUAUUCAGGGUCACACUAUCUCAUAUUCAGUAGGCAGCAAACAGAGAAGAUACCUGGGACCUAUUCAGGUUCAAAUGUUGCAGAUACAGGCUAAAUAUGAACGGACACAAUUACCUGUCAUAUUCUGCAUUACACACCAUAUGUAGGGGGCCCAAGACUGACCAUCGGUCAUUCAGUGGUCAACCAUCCUCCACAGUCCCCAUGAUGUGUUCUACACCGUUGCCAGUAGGUGGUUAUGAAUCAUGGUCAAAUUUUCCGAAUCUAUAUGUCUUGGCCGACCAUUGCUCAAUUCUUGUAGUCUGUUCUAGGCUAUACACUUCUGUCUGAAUGUCCUGCAAUAUAUUCUCCUGAAUUUAAGCCCCUGGGCCGUAACUAAUCCAUUUUGUGUACAGGCAGUUUUACCUCUUGAAUCCUGUAUGGAUAUGGAAGUUGGCAUAAAAUAUUUAGAAAAAUUUGAUCUAUGUCAUUGUGGUAUUCCAUCAGCACCUUAGUUGGUCUCACGUUUCUGCCAGAGAUGCCAAGUGCUUGAUAUCCCAUGUAAAUACAAUACAUUUCAAAUUGUUUUUAAUAGGAAAUAUAACAUCAAACUCCUGCGCAACUCUGUAUACGAUCCCUUUGUACAGUCCAUUGAAGACUAGUUUAUGACGCGCGUGAACAAACCCUCUGAAUUGAUGCGUGGGAGGGGCAACACCGCAGUGCAUAGUGCUGUUGGACUGUACCGAGGAGAAUCAGCCAUUGAAAACAAAUAAUCGUUACAUACCUACAUAAAGAGAAAGGAUACGUAUUUGGAUGACACAACAUCGAUUAUGAUCAUUGUUGGCUAGCUGAUGGAAACGGACAUCUUUAGAAAUGUGCGCGAAUGUCUUUGGCGCUUUGAAAAGCUUGUUUGGAAAGCCCUUUGAUGGUGGAAAGAGGAUGGACCAUGGCAGCCAGCAGCAGCACCCAGCCAUGAUACGACUCUAUGAGGUCCAGCGGGAGGUCCAGUCUCUGGGCCCUCAGGUGUGCACCUUCAGUGGGUUGAAGAACGAGCGGGAGUAUCGACGGCUGGAGCGCGAGCUGACCCGGCUGCUCCUGGAGGUGGACCAGGUGGACACGGAGGGCAGGGCAGACCUACAGGGGGCACGCAAGAGAGCAGCCCAGGAGGUGGAGGGGCUGCUGCGCUACCUUGAGGAGAACGCCACCCACCCGUCCCGCCUGGCCAUCGAGGAGCUGAGCCGGGAGGCCCAGAGGCUGGUGGAGCAGGGGGUGGUGGAACCGCAGCGGGCCGGGGGCACAGCAGAGAUCAGUGAUGAGCUGGUGGAUGCCGUGCAGGAGCUGAUACUGAGGCUUACCCAGGUGAAGACAGGAGGAAGUGUACCCCUCCGUAAGGCUCGCUAUCGGGCCCUGACACGACUGUGUGCCGUGCAGGACGUGAUCGAGGGGCGCACGCGCCAGCAGACCCUCCCCCUGUCAGAAGACACGCACGUGGCCGUGCAGAGGAUCAACCAGGUGAUGGUGCAGGUGAGUGGGGCGCGCAGCCAGCUGGUGGCACUGCUGAUGGGGCUGAGUGGGAGGGAUAGCUGUGCCCACCUGUCCCGCGUGCUCACUGAGCUCCUGGUGGAGCUGGACGCCCUGGAUGUGUCGGGGAACGCAGCGGUCCGGAACUACCGCAAACAGGUGGUGGAGGAGAUCAACGGCCUGCUCAAACACCUGGACCUGGAGGGAGAGGGAGACGACACCCGCAGGUAUGACUUGGCGCAGAAUGACUCAAUCCGUCAGAUUGAGGCGGUGCGGGGUCGGGUGGGCCAGCUGCGCGGGGAGGUCCUGCGACACUGUGGGGUGGGCGACCUCUUCAGGCCCAAGCCUGAGCUCCAGAGUCUCCUCACACACCUGGACCAGGUGGACACGGCCCGUAACCCCUGUAUCCGUGAGGCCCGCCGACGCGCUGUGCUAGAGGUCCAGGCUGUCAUCACCUUCCUGGACCUCCGUGAGGCCCUGAUCUGCCGCCAGCCCGGCUCCAACGAGCCCCCACAACACAGGGCUGUGUGGAUGGUCCUGGGCAGCCUGUCAGACCUCCAGGCCCAGGUACUCUGCUUCAACGGCAAGCGGGCCGACAAGAGCUACAUAUUGCUUGAGGAGCUUCUAACUAAACAGCUGCUGGCCCUGGAUGCAGUUGACCCACAGGGUGAUGAGAUGACCAAAGUGGCCCGCAAGCAGGCAGUCAAGUUUGCCCAGAACAUCCUCAGCUAUCUGGACAUGAAGACAGACGAGUGGGAAUACUAAUCCACUGGAAAAGACUAUACAUAGCUGAAGUAUGCGUCCGCCGACCUAUUAAAUUGUAUAUAUACACUGGUGUAUCAUCACUCUAAGAGUUGGGGUCUGUACAUUUUGACUAAAUCCCAGAAUUCACUGCAGCAGCGCUUUUGGUCUCUUUGUUGUCAUUGUCACUGGCCUGUGGGUAAAAAAACCAACCCAAGAACAUUUUUGUGAAAUACAAUUUGGAGAAAAGUGUUAUGACGUGCUUUUGAAAGUUUAUUGAGCAUCUUUUUGAAAUCUACUGUAUGUGUAUGAGUUUUGAUCAGUGUUGUUGUGUGGUUGUAAAGCCUGCGGCCAAAAGCACUGAAGCCUGUUAUGGUGGUGGUCAGAGUAGUUAAGAUCCAAUCACGUCAUCUGUUUUUCAAAAGCAGGAGUGGGACUAGAGUAAUUACAUCUCAAUGGUAUCCAUGUUUUGCUUGACUACUUUGGAGGUCAGUUGUAAAUUAACCCAAACGAUGUCUGUGAUGUCUCAAAAUACUUCUUUACCGAGAUGAACAGAGAGUGUACAUCAGCACUGUGAGACAAGAUCUUCACCUGUUCAUUUUGCUUCUCCUCUGCUCCCUUUCUUCCUUUAAUCAACACUUCUGAGGCAAACUCCCCUAACCAUGGCUGGACACACCAGUCUCUGGCAACUGUUCAGAUGACAAAUGAAAAGGAGAGCUUAUUCAUGGCUUUACCCACUGUCCUACAAUAAUGAAGAUGGGCAUGGAACUCAGUGAAGUUAAACGGCCUGUGAGAUCCUUUGUCAACUUGGAGGGUUAGUUAAAGGCCUAGUUGUAAAGACUGAAUAUUUGUAGACAUGAUAAAUUACUAUGUUUGUCUGUAAUUUGUAGCUAAAUGUUGAUUGUGACUUGUGUGUUUGUGAGGCUAUAUCCUGUCUGCAUUGAAUUUAGUGAAGGGGAAAAACAGUGUGGAGGUGGUUUUGUUUUUGUCUGUGACUUUUCUAUUGUCAGAGGAGUGUGUCUGGGAGCCCUGGUGAGGGUCACUGAUUUUACGUUACUAUUAUUAUAGCUGUUGACAGUGAUCACAGUGGACAGGGCAGUCUAAAACCGCUUCAGCAGAGGUAGGAAGCUAUUAGUAAAAAAAAUCUGUGUCUUUCCUUUCACCCCCCUUCUGGUGUUUUUAUCCCAAACAAAGCAGCCCCCACCAUACUCCACACACAAGCUAGGGAGGGACUGGCUGCUACCUUUUACAAAAGAAUCCUGAAUGCACAAAGACAAGAAAAAGCACUAAAUGGGUGACUGAGGAGCACCUAGGAAAUUGUCACCGUGAGAAAUUUGCACUUUUUACACAUUUUCAGCAUUAUACCUCAGCUGUUAAUAAAUGGACCCCUGCAUGCCUGGUAGAUAGCCCUAAGUACUAACAGAGCAUAAACAGUCCUCAGUUAACUCCCACAGAACUCCCAGACUCUCAACACGACAGGGGUUAUUCAACCCUUCCCCUGCUGCUGUUGAAGAACAUAUGGCACAAAAACAGUGAAAUCCAGCUACACGGUCAUGGGAUGUCUGACUCAUAAGUGAGAUAAUGAUUCGAUUAGACAGUGUUCAGUGUGGCCUUCAUGUAAUGGGUGUUUGUUCACACAGCAAACCUAAUGCUGUCUCAAAUUAACCAACCCUGCCAGAUCAGAGGCUAACACUAGCUACUGUUAUAAUUCUCCUCUUGAUCUGCUCACGUACCAGUAGGUGUGAUUAUCAACGCACAGUUGCACACAACCUUGCAAAAAUAGAACAAACCUCUUAUCUGAAAGCAAUGCAAGGUGUUCUAUCUGAACUAUGUAUGCAUCAGUUGCAUCCCGUGUUUGAAAAUGCAUUGAACAUUUUAGGGGUAGAAUGUAUCAUUUUGUCAGUGAAGAAUGUUAUAAGUUUGUUUUAUUUUUCCAAGUACCAAAGCUGAUUUAUUUUAAGGAAACUUUUUAUGUUCCUUACUCUGUGGUGGACCUUUUGGUUUGCUUACUUUGCAAAUGGCAGGAAUGUGUCUGUGGGGUACAGUAUUAAAUGUUUUAAUUUGACGAUCUGUUUCUCCAGUCGCCUUUGACUAAGUGGAUUGUGACAGGCUUUGCUGUGUUUCUCAUACAAGAUGCACGUGUACAAACGCACACUGAGGUUUAAAUGAUGUGUGAAUGCUUCAAUAAUAGGUUUGUUAGACUUUUUAUUCCGACUCCAAAAUAAAAAAGGUGUGUUCCGGA